CUUCCCCUAUUUUCUUGUCCAUCUAAACCUCCGUGCCGCCUACUCCAAAAUGCAUAUAUGAGCAUCUUUUUGCUCUCAAUUCUUCUGUCCAGAUGGUUUACAAAUGUUGCUAGUUUUGGUUUUAUUGAUUUUCACUAUUUUACUUUUAUUUUUCUAUUUCGGGAAAUUGCUGAUUUUUGGAAAGCAGAAAAUUGUGGAAAAUUCGAUAGAGAAAAUCAAUUCCAAUGGAAUUUCACUAGCAGAAAAUUCGAAAAAUUUGGAAAAAUCUUCACAAUCAAAUGAUCCCGAGAAUGCAGAAGAAACUGAAAUGGUCAUAGAACUUCACACAGAAGCAGCUCCAGUUGAAAAUUAUCUGGAAGAAGAAAUACAAAUAAAAGUUCCCGAAGUUGAAGAAGACACCGAAAAAACACCGGCUGGGUCACCGAAAUCCACGUCAUCAUGUAUUUCUUCAGAGAUUUUAUCGGAACAAUCGAUUGAGUUCUCAUCAAUAUCUCCCCGCCCAUCAUCCUUCCCUUUGGACUUUGCCACGUCAUCAUACUCUGCUCCAUUAUCCAAUUUCACUCGAGAAACCCCAAAUAUUGUGCCUAGAAUGAUGUCAGAAGAGUUUGAAUCCUUGCAUAAAUGCAUUGAAAAAAGAAAAUCUGAUAUAAGGGAUUUGUUGAGGAGAAUACAGUCGGCGAAGAGAAGGCAUAGGAGAUUCAGUGAACACUUGCAACAGGUACAACAUGAUCAUCAUAUCGAUUAUUGAACAAUUGUUUUUUCCAAAAAUUAAAAUAAAAAUUUUACUGUUUCCCAAUUUUGACUUAAAAUCUUCAAAUUUUUUUAAAAUUGC